UAUGUCAAAUAUUUAACGAGUGUAAUAGUAGUGUGUACUAAACUAGUACACGGAAUUUUACAUUUGCAGAAGAAUAAUUACCAAUGUAUAAAGACUGGUACAAACUUUUUUUUAAACUUUAUUGGAAGUCACUUUUCAUGGUCCUAUGGCCGUUUUUAAUACUACCGAUACCGUUGAUAUGGGUAAGCUCUACAACGAGAUGUCUCUAUGUACUGCUUCUAAUGGCUGGUUAUUGGGUAACUCAAUGCAUACCACUAGCAGUGACAGGGCUGUUCCCCGUAGUAUGGUUUCCACUUUUAGGAAUACUCGAUUGUAGUGAAGUCUCUAAAGCCUACUUUUCUUCAGCGAAUGUGAUUUUUGUUGCCGGAUACAUAAUGGUCGUAUCUCUAGAGUCCAGUGGAUUGAGUGUACGUGUUGCUUUAAAUUGGAUCUUAUUAGUGGGAACGAGUCACCGCAAACUACAUUUGGGUCUUUCACUCAUUACCAUGGGUAUAUCCAUGUUUAUGGUGAAUACGGCAGUUACCGCCAUGAUGAUACCCAUUGUCGAUGCCUGUUUACAAGAACUAGAACGUAAUGAUUUGGGCCCUAUGUAUACUUAUCCCCCUAAUUACGAGCAACUAACUGAAGAAGAAAAAGCUGAUGCAAAAAUACCAACUAGAAGUACAAUAAACUUUUUCUUGACGGCUGCGUAUUGUUCUACUCAUGGCGGUUGCGGUACGUUAGUUGGCACUGAUACUAAUCUUGCCUUCAAAGGACUUUACGAAGAAGCCUUUCCUAAAGAUGAAAUCACGUUUGCGAAAUUUGGAGCGUUCAAUAUUGUCCCGAUGUUUUUCAAUACGAUCUUGUGUUGGUUUUGGUUGGAAAUUUAUUUCCUAGGUUUAUUUCGUCCAAAGAGCGAGAUAUCACAGUUGGUUCAAAAGGCAAAAGAUAAUGAAAGCACCACAAGAGAAACUAUAAGGCAGAAAGUCCUAUCCUUAGGAAAAAUGAGCUUCCAAGAAAUUAUGAUACUAAUUUUAUUUAUAAUCAUGGUUCUUCUUUUUAUAUUUUCGGAUUUGAGUUUUAUACCUGGGUGGUACGAUAUAUUUCCCAAUAAGAGGAACAUAAAAGAUUCCGUAACUAUAUCAUUUAUAGUUAUCAUGUACUUUGUAAUACCAGCUCAAAUGUUAUUUCUUCAUUGUUGGGAUAAAGAUGUAGAAAAUCGACCAAAAAAGCCGGCACCAGCUCUAUUGACGUGGAGAGUAGUUCACGAAAGGGUGAGAUGGGGUAUGGUAUUCCUCUUAGGAGGCGGAUUUGCACUCGAGAUGGGCAUGAGUAGAAGCGGACUUUCAGAUGCAAUCGGGGAGCAUCUAGCUACUGUUGCGAGAAAAGUGACUCCAUUAACUGGACAGAUUAUAUUUGUCAUAAGUACUGGUUUGAUUACAGAAUUGACAUCAAAUGUAGCAGUUUGUAAUAUAUUAACGCCAAUUGCUAUUGAAGUAUCUAAAAAAAUGUUAUGGCAUCCGAUACAAUUAGUAAUGCCAGUUGGUAUAUGUUGUUCCUACGCAUUUAUGCUGCCGGUGGCUACACCACCAAACGCACUAGUAGCAGGACACGCCAACCUACCAACAUCGCAAAUGAUAAUAGCUGGCUUUGUAGUAAAAAUCAUUAGCAUUGUGAAUCUUCUUGUGUUUUGGCAAUUGUUUGGCAUAUCUAUAUUCAAUGGCAGACACACUCCAGAGUGGCUGGAAAAAGAAUAAUAAGGGAAUGAAUCAUUCCUGUUUACCGUUUCGUUUUUAUCUUUGCGUAUGUUAUCUAUUUAUUUAUUAUCAACACUAUACUCAAUAAAUAUAUAUAUGAUAAGCC